UAUGUUGUAACGUUUCCCUAACUUUCUGCGAAAGUGUUGUGUUUUGUGAACAAUCUGACUCCGGCUGAGUCAAGGCUGCACGCACAGUAGGUGGCGGUAAUGCACACACAAGGUUGCUUGCCAACCGCCAUGAAAAUCAGAAGAAGAAGAAGAAGAAGGAGAAGAAGACUGCACGCAUGCACAAUUGAAGCUGCUCCGUGAGACAAAGAAGGACGAAGGCUAACUACUUCCAGAAUCCCGAUUUUAAAGCAAUUUGGUGCGCCAUCCAUUUAUCACAAGUUGGCUGUUAUAAAUUUUCCAAACUGACCAAAUACCAACGAAUGACUUCUGAAGAAGGGUGGAUUUAUUUGUAGUUUAGUUAAACAAUAAUUUGCCCCGUCAGUGAUAUGGUUUGAAUGCUGCCUGAACGUUCCGAAUUUGGCAGACACGGUGAGGACAAUGCUGAGGAAAAUUGCCACAAACAAAGUCCUGGAGCAGCUUGGCCUCCGUGGAAAGUCAGGAAAAGUGGCGUUUGAGGACUUGCCCCUUUACAGAAUAAUAAAUAAGGCAUGCAGGGGUGUUUACAAGCAGAUGACCACAGCUGAAGUGGAUUGUGAGCUUGGAGAGGUCCUGAAACUGGCCACUUUUCGAAAGGGAGGUUCAAAAUUUGAGGAGAAGAGGAGGAAUUAAGAGGGAGGACAAAAAAGGAAAAAUAAACAAGCAAAAGAACAGAGUGAGAUGAGAGAUGGCUCCUUCUUUUGUGGUCGUUGAGUUCCUUGGUGAACAUUCAGUCGCUGUUGUCCCAACCAAAUGGACAGAAGAUGAUGGAAAGAAUACCUUCUGCUAUUGGCCAAGGCCAAAUCCUACCCACUCCAGAAUCCGGAAAGCUGAGAUUCCUGACAAACAAUUCUGGGAGAGGCUGCCAAUUCGGGUUUUCAGGAAAACAUUGACUGAAGACUUUGACAAGGCCCUUCAAUACGAAAAACAAGCUAAAAUGUUUUCGAGCCCAGAAGAAGUGUUAACCAAACGGAGCCACAUCACCCCUGAACGCUAUAGAAACGAUGAGGAAGAUGUGUUUGAUGCUGACGAUGAAGAGGAAAUUCGGCCAAAAAAGAAGUGCAGAAAAGAGAAAACACAGAUCUUCGUCCAGGCACCCCCACUGCCAGAGCUCCCAACCUUUAACUUUCCAAUCUCCAGCGAGUACCAGACCACUUCAGCCAGUACCAGCCAAUACCAGACCACUCCAAGGCAUCCAGGCCGACCUCACAGCCCAGCGAGAAGCAGCACUUCCAGGCUCAGUCCAGACAGCAAUGCAUCCAGCUCAAGCCAGUACCAGACCACUCCAGCCAGUACGAUUUUCCAGUUGAACAUGAAAGUUCAAAAUAUACUUGAGAACCAGGGGGAAAUUAUGCGCAUGCUGAGAGGGCUGGCAGCACAGUCUGUGGGGCCAGAAUCUGUGGAUGUUCAAGAUCUCAUUGAUCAGCCUUUCGAGACUCUUGAGCAGCUGAAGGCCUUCUGUGAACGGCUCGACACUGAUCUUCUGCUCAGAAAGCAGCUGGUGAAAGCUCUUACUGCUCUUGGUGGGCAGAAUUUGGCAGACACGGUGAGGACAAUGCUGAGGAAAAUUGCCACAAACAAAGUCCUGGAGCAGCUUGGCCUCCGUGGAAAGUCAGGAAAAGUGGCGUUUGAGGACUUGCCCCUUUACAGAAUAAUAAAUAAGGCAUGCAGGGGUGUUUACAAGCAGACGACCACAGCUGAAGUGGAUUGUGAGCUUGGAGAGGUCCUGAAACUGGCCACUUUUCGAAAGGGAGGUUCAAAAUUUGAGGAGAAGAGGAGGAAUUAAGAGGGAAGACAAAAAAGGAAAAAUAAACAAGCAAAAGAACAGAGUGAGAUGAGAGGAUUUGGGUUUCCCUGCUUGGGCUGCUGCCCCCGCGACCCGACCUCGGAUAAGCGGAAGAAGAUGGAUGGAUGGAUGGAUGGAUUUACUUCCAGGAAGAGAACCAAGAAGGGGCAGGAUACACUGACGCGCACGACCAAGACCACUGCAUUCCAUUCCAUUUAUAAAUGAUAAAUGAUAAAUGGGUUGUGUGUCAAAGCGCUUUGAGUACCUU